UCUACUUGACGUGUAAGCACAGCUGUCGUGGUAUUGAGAACCUAUUGAGUUUUCUUCAUGUUUUCAAAACUAUGAGAAGGAAAAAACCUUAAAUUAAAGUUGAACUCAAUUACAUAAAUUUUAUGUUUAAGUGAGAGACAUUUUAACUUUAAAUAUGGUGUUAAUGACUAUGAUUGCAAGAGUCGCCGACGGGCUGCCUUUGGCUGCCACUAUGCAAGAGGAUGAGCAGAGCGGGUGCAAUAUACUCGAGUACCAGAAUCAGGCUAAAAUGCUGUUUAGGAAAUUAAGCCCUCAGUCCCCGAUGAGAUGUUCCAUUGAAACCGGCCCGUAUCUCUUCCAUUAUUUGAUUGAAAAUCACAUAUGUUAUUUGGUCCUGUGUGAAAGAAACUACAGUAAACGACUAGCAUUCAAUUAUCUCGAGGAAAUAGCACAGGAAUUCUUCCAACAGUACGGACACAGGUUGAACACCGUGACUCGUCCGUACACGUUCAUAGAGUUCGACACGUGCAUGCAGCGCACGCGGAAGCAGUACGCGGAGGGGGGCGCGCGCGCCCGCCGGGCCGGCGCCGCCUCGCACCUGGCGCCGCAGCUGGGCGACGUGCAGCGCAUCAUGAUGCAGAACAUCGACGACGUGCUGCAAAGGGGAGCUAUACUGUCCGAACUGGACACGAAGACGCAAAACCUAUCGAUGAUGUCGCAGAAGUACCGGAAGGACGCCACGUAUCUGAACACGAAGUCGAUGCUGGUGAAGGUGACCGCCGGAGCCGUUAUCGUGCUCGUGAUUGUGCUUUACUUCUGGGUUCUCUAGAUGAUUCCAUGAUAGUUACGGUUUGUCUCGGGGAAAUGAGCGCGACCUAUAAUUAACACAACAACAAAUACAUAUCGUCGUUGUCAAACCAAAAUCUGCUAUGUGCAAAAACUCUAUUUUGAAUUAACGAGUAAAAACAUUUUCGUAUAAAAGUUUAUAUGAAAGUGGAUUUUUAAGAACUAUAUCAAAUGAAAGCUAUAGAUAAAUAUUAAAGCUAUAGACAAAUAACAGUUUUUUUAUACGAUAGAUAAGGCUGUGAAUUAUACAAAAAGGUCAAAAUGUAAAAAUCUCAAAAAGUGCACAUAGUAGAUUUUGGUUUGACAGCGACGACAUAUUAUUCAAAACGAAAACAAUGAUGGUGAAUUAUAAUUAUAGCAAAACAUUACUAUUUAAUUGUUCUUAUUUAUUAUUAAUCACGUAUGAGCAGAUUGAUGUUGCAGGAGUGGGAGGCGUCCACCGCCUACCGCCAUGUACGGUCUGAAUGAGGUUGUUGACCCCCAUAUUUUGUACGCGCGUUCAUUGCGUGUUUCCAAAAUCAACAUGUUUAUUAUUUUUCGCCUCGCUUAAUAUGAGUCAGUUUAAUGAUAAUUUGAAUUUUUAUUGCCCCGGUAAUUAGAAUUUCUACUUUGGAAACGCCCUUAAAUGAUCGAUGCCCGCACUACCUGUCACAUUGUUAGUACCUACACUGCUAACAGACUUAACUGUCAGCGCUUAGAAUCCAUAGACAAGAAAAAAAAUUUUUUGAGUCCUUUUGACUAUUCAAUUAUUUUUUUGACCGAUUUUUAUAAUUAUUUGAGAACUAUUAUGAUCUUAAAGCUAUUCUACGGUUUAAACCAAAAUAUGUCUCUCCGGCCCAUAAUUAUAGAAUUCAAAAACCCAGAGCCAUGUUUAUUUCACAUUCGUGUGAAAGCGUCACAUGGGACUCAGUGUUUAAAUUACUCAUUCCAGUAACUCAAUUCUUCCUCAACGUAUUUGAAUUUGUGAAUAAUAUAUAAAUUAAAAAAUAUAUGUCAAAAGCAAUAAAUAAGAAAUGUAUGUA